AUGCGCAAGAAAUAUAAAGACGCCAGAAAUACACUGAGGUAUUUGAAAUCCUCCCUUGAUCUCCCAUUUCUCCUAGAAAUCAGUCCAAAACGUCUUGAAAUUCCGUCGGAAGGUGUGCUAGAAGUGACCAUCAAGAAUCCAACGAACGACACUCAAGAUGUCUAUUGUCAAUUUGAUUCCUUUUAUUUUUUGGUUGAUUUCAAGACGGCUAAUCCAUGGGGACAACAAGGGGACACCCUCUCUGCGGCGUACGGUCUUUAUGAGCUGGCACCGGGAGAAUCGUGUCGUUUGACGAUUGGAUAUGAGAAUGGAAGGUACCCCGAAUUCGAAUGGGGGCCGUGUAACAAAAAUUGUGGCUUGGAAGAGGACAUGGAGGAGGAGAUGAAGGUUAUGAGAGCACGAAUGGAAUCCAAAGGGAACAUCUAUUACAAUUGUGACCGUCCUGAAGGGUACUUGAGGGUUAUGCAUAAAAAUAGGGCUGAAACAAGGAAAGAUGUGAAAUGGGCGGUACGAGAGGAGCAGUUGCAUUUGGUGGAGGAGACGGAAAAGUAUCAAGAGUUGAAGAAGAAAUAUUUGAAGAUCCGAGAAGACCAAAAACGUAGGACUCGCUGGGGUGAAGUCCUCCGUACCAAUAAAUUUGGAACCCAUCGGAUUUACAAAAAAGAUGAUGAUUUGGAAGGAUACGUGCCUAGCAAUGAAUUAGAUUUCUGGGAGAGAGUGAUGGCGGAUAAGACUAUUCCAAAGGAUUUGGAAGAAUUCGAUGGGAUGUCUGAUGAAGAAGUUCAGAAGGCGAAAAUGGAGAAGCGAAAGGAGUUUUUCGAAACGGAUAGUGAUGGAGACGAGCGAUUGAAGGUGGAACUCAUGAUGACUGAGAUUGAGGAUGCGUGGGGGAAACAUUGUCGGUGUGAGAUGCCUGAACAUUAUACUAAAAAAGUUGGAGAGGGGUACAAGGAUCCUAGGGCAAAGAAGCUUUACGUGAAGAAGAAACCAGUGGAGAACGAUGACUGGCGUAGGGACAAACCAUGGUACCCUGCUGUACGAAGAAUAUUCCAGAUGUCAGAAAAUUCGGAAUCUUCUGAAACGCCAGAUGUGCCUACUCCUGAAACCCCCGACAAAUCCAAAUCCCAGAACACCAAAUCAUCCCAAAAAUCUAAAACCUCGGAAACCUCCAAAACCUCCGAGGAGUCCGAAAUUCCAAAGAAAUCCGUUGAGCCCCAUAAAUCUCCCAUACCAAAAUCGACUAUCUCCCCAGCUAGACCCUCAGAAACCAUUUCGGAGGAGAAACCAAGAAAAGCGGCAGAGGUACCCCAGCCGAUACCGAUGAGUGUGACGACGACGCCGGAGAAGAAGAUUGUGGAGACGAAGAAGAUGGUUGUGGAAAAAAAGAAAAAGAAGAAAAAGAAUCCGUGUUGCUCGAUUUGUUGA